AUCCACUUUGGUAGAUUCUAAAUACACCUACAUAUAUAGCACGUAGCAAUCUGUUAUUGCACGAGAUUUUCUCACGCCAAAAGUAUUUUUCGAAAAAAGUUCACGCGAUGACCGCAAAUUUGCACUGCUAAUAUAAAUAUUGUUUUUUUUGCUAUGAAUUUACACUUUUCGGUUUGUACGAUAAGCGAGGGCUAUUUCGAAGUUUAAACUCAUGAGAUUAAUGAAUUUGAGGAUUAUUAAUAGUCAUUAGAAAUUAUGAUCGUAUGACACUUUUAAACGUGUAACAUAUUACUUCGUAUUUCGAACGAUAGUGGAAUAAACUAUUUAUACUCUAUAUUAGCCGAAGUUUUUUGAAUGUAUUUAGCUGGGUUUGAAUUGUAGAUAAAAUUCGUUGUUGUGUGUAAUAACAAGUAGCAAACUAAUGAAACAUACAAAUUAAAAGGUUGAAUAUCGAUUAUGACUGUACAUUAGAUUCAUGCACCGAAAAAAGUUAACAAUGAUCAAACAGCACACUUUGAAUUCAGAAAUUCAAACGGGGAUACGUAUGGGUAAUUAACAUAUCAGAAUUGGUCAUGGUUAGAUUUAUCUCGAGUGUCAGUCGCCAGUACGAAUGCUACGGAAUAUGCAAGACUACAAAUAUUUUUCGACCAAAUACCACUUACCUGACUGUAAAAAAAAAAAUCGGCGUAUUUCUAGUGAUUUAGACUGAUUCAUAAGAAAUACAACAGGUUUUGAAGGCAGAAGACAUGACGCCAGAUUCUGUCCGCGAGUUGCUCAUCUAAACGUCCUCAUCCAAUUUGAACUGGCAGCUAUGCACACCUCGGUGAAAAGAGCAGAAAUGAUGAUUUCAUCAGAAGCGUUUCACACUGACAGAGUCAUUUGAAUCAUAUCCUUUUAAGUCCAUCGCUUUCGCAGGCACUUACGAGUUCUUCUAAAGGGUGAUACGGUCAAAAUUUGGUCAAGAGAAAACGCGUGUAAAUCGGUAAAAUCGUUUAUUUAAAAAAAUCAAAUUAAAUUUCUUUUUCAAGUUUAAUUAGUAUAAAAUUCAGGAAAAAUAUUCAGUUAGGCUUCCGCUUUUCCAAAUUCGAAUUGCCGGGCCUUACGCUUAACCCCUGCCAUUAGAUUUUGUACAGCCACCUUGUCCACCUUCUUCGCCGCAGAAAGCCAGUUUGCCUUGAACUGCUGCUCGUCCUUAGCAGUUUUUUUGGUCUUCUUUAGGUUCCGCUUGACAAUAGCCCAGUAUUUCUCAAUUGAGCGGAGCUCUGGCGUGUUGGGAGGGUUCUUGUCCAUGAGAACCACCUACACGUUGUUGGCGGCAGUCUUCCGAAAAUCACUCGGAAGAAACGCUCAUGAUAGGUUUCUAGUUGGAAACAUUCAAAGCCGAUUGCUGCUGCCUGUUGUUCCCUAGAGAAUCGGCAGAGCGACAAUGCGAAGUCAAUGUAAACAAGAUUCAAAAGCGAGAGCAGACUCGCAUCUAAGUCGAUCUCUCAAGCUCACUACCUGGUGUAUCAGAAGUGAUUGAGACACUGACUGAUACAAGAUCCAAUUCGAAAAUCCACUCACUCACUCACUCAAACUCAAUCAAUGCGGCCUUGAAUCGGUUCAUACUGCCUGCGUACUUUCUGGCAAAGCGGCAGAAACAUAUGUUCAUACGUACUGCCUGCGUGUUUGAAUGACUAUUUUAAUCCUCCCCAACAACAAAGCAAGAUGUAUCAGGCAGACAGCAUUCGAUCAUCGAUCAGUAAACGAGUGAGUGAGUGAGUGAUUGAGCAAGAAAAGUUAUUGACUGAAAAAAGAAACUGAAAAUCAGGUAGCUCCUCACUCAGUUGAGAAUUCCAACUGGAGAAGAAACGUCUCUCUUUAAAAUUUUAUUUCUUUGAUUCUCGGAGCAGCGCUGUCGAACACAAUCUUUGCCCCACUGGGAGAUAAACCAACCGACAAUUUAGGUUUUGCUUUCGCUGUUGAAAACGUUUCAGUGUCUCUCAUGAGAAUUGAGUGAUAUUCGGAACACUGGUUGGCGGUGUACCACUCCAUAGCCUUUUAACCGUAAAUCCGGCCAAAACAGUACGGAACAACAGUGUUUCUUCAGGAAAGGCAGCAGACGUUUAUUCAAAAAACUCUUUCACGUAAAUUUCUUGGUUGACAGACCCGGAAGCUAUGAAAAUGCUGCUUUUCAAGCCACAUGUACAGAUGGCUCAGAUAUUUCUUCGCGAACUUUGACAGUUUCAUGUGCUUGAAAAUAUCUGCUACCUUUCCCCUUCCUUUUGCCGUAUAAAACUCCUGUCCCGGAAGCUGCUUUUAGUCGGCUUUGACGUAGGUUUCGUCGUCCAUUACCACGCAGUCACACUUCGUCAGCCUCCGGGAUCGCGCUUUGACCGUCGUAUUUUGUUUAUCAUCGCGAUUUGGAGUCACUAUCUUCUUGUAAGUCGAUAGUCCGGCUCGUUUUCUGGCUCGAUGCACGGUUGUAGACGAUACACCCAGCUUAUUUGCGGCAUCUCGGAGAGAGAGGUUAGGGUUUCGCUUGAAACUUCCGGCAACUCUCUUUGUCGUCUCAGCGGCUUCCGGUUUCCGAUUUCCCCCCGAUCCAGACUUCCUGGCUGUCGACAAACGUUCUCCAAACACUUUAAUUACAUUUGUAACGGUUGAUUUGGCAACUUUUAGCGAUUUUGCCAGCUUUGCGUGCGGGUAGCUCGGAUUUUUCGCGAAGCGCGAGCAAAAUUUUGAUACGCUGCUCUUCUUCCUUGGACGGCAUUUUGACAACUGAAGAGUGAAUUCUAAAAUCAAAAUAGGAGCAACAUUCUACACACAAACACCUUCAAAAUGAGGGGUGUUCAGGUUUUUUAAAUGCAAAAUUGAAAGAAAUACGUCCAGUUGGUAUUGACCAAAUUUUGACCGUAUCACCCUUUACUUCCUUCUCUACUCUAUCUCUAUUGCUUUUGUCAACACUUCUGGAUUGAUAAACGAGGUAUCUGGGAACAGAUAUAAGAGUCCUAACAUGGGUAAUCCCAUUCCACAGUCUUCUUGUGGUUAAUUUCAUUAGGAAUGGCCUAAUAUAUGUUAGUUUCGUUAACAGACUGUACGCAAAGCCUAUGUAAUCAUUUCAGGGCUGUAUUCUGGUAUUGGUAGCCUAAGCAGUGCUUUGAACUUUGUGUGGAGUAAGUUGGUACUUUUCCAGAAGCAAAUAAAAUUAUAUUUAUUGACUUCAACAUAUGGAGCUUAUGAAUUUGAUAACUUGAGUUUCCCGGUAAUAGCGUAAUAGUACAUAGGAGUAAAUGUGCCAAAAAUGUGAUUUAUCUCUCGAGUGACGGGCUCGUCCUCCGAAACUCGCAAGCGCUCUAAUGUUUUAAGACUCAAAUCUGAUCUAGAGUGAACUUGUUCGAUAGAAUUGAAAUGGCUUUUUGGAAUCUGUUACAUAUUUCUCACCUUUCCUUUCAAAUGGUUAAUGCACAUGUUGUCUAACAAAACUUGUCUUACUUAUUUUUAACAAACUUCAUAAUAACAGUUUCUUCUUCAUUCCAAUUAAUCGAAUAUUAACAUGAGGUGUGGAUCAAUACCAUUAACAAUUUCAGGUUUGAAAGAAAGAGACUGAGCGUUCUGGACAAUGCCCUACUAAACUGCAUGGCGCCAAAGACCGCUUCAAAAAAUCAUGCAAUGUCUUCGUUGGAUGUACAUACAUAGCAUAGCAUGGGAUGUUCAAUGCUACGAUACAACCGAAGGUGCCCAAUGUGGUUCCUGUCCGGAUCGUUACGAAGGAGACGGUAAAACUUGUCGUUUGAGGAAUGUGUGCGAAGAUAACGUUUGCGCCGCAGGUGUACAGUGUUCAGUACUUGAUCAUCCACCGUAUUAUAAAUGUGGUGCCUGUCCCGUUGGAUUCAAAGGAAACGGAACCGUUUGUCAGGACAUUGAUGAGUGUGAUUUGGUCGAGCCGUGCGAUGUUAGAGUAAGGUGCACCAAUUUGGUACCCGGGUUCCGUUGCGAGCCAUGUCCUGCUGGAUUUGGCGGUCUUCACAGUGGGGGACUGUACGCCGCAACUUUCGAAUACGCACUGCAGAGGCAAAAAUGUAACGAUAUAAAUGAAUGCGCUGACGGAACCGCAAGGUGUGGCGCAAACUCCAUGUGCAUCAACACCGAAGGAUCCUAUGAGUGUCAAUGUAGUCGAGGUUUCAUACGAAACUCUACGCACGGAUGUUUUGCUGUUGAAGGAAUGUGCCCGGAUGGAACCAUGUGCGAUAAAAAUGCCGCAUGUAGGCACGCCGGUAGCAACACUUACAAGUGUAAGUGUAAGGUAGGAUGGGCUGGUGACGGUUUCCAUUGCGGCCUGGAUCGUGAUUUAGAUGGAUGGGCUGAUUUCGACUUGGGCUGUUCGGACAGUAGAUGUCGUCAGGAUAACUGUGUCAAUGUGCCAAACUCCGGACAAGAGGACGCUGAUAAGGAUGGCAUUGGAGAUGCGUGCGAUCAGGAUGCUGAUAACGACGGUAUCCUCAACAGCCCGGAUAACUGUCCGUUAGUGCACAACCCAGAUCAGUUGGAUACGGACAAAGAUGGAGGAGACAAACAGGGAGACGCUUGUGACAAUUGUCCUACCGUAGCCAAUAUCGAUCAGCAUGAUGUGGAUCGCGAUGGAAUUGGGGACGCAUGCGAUCCCGAUAUUGACAACGACGGCAUACCUAAUGAAAGAGAUAACUGUCCUAAAAAAGCUAACUCCAAUCAGCUCGACAGUGACGGUGAUGGCGUGGGAGAUGUUUGUGAUAAUUGUCCAGUUGUUGCCAAUCUCAAUCAGAUGGAUUCUGACAACGACCUUAUCGGGGAUGCUUGCGACAGUGAUAUUGACAGAGAUCGGGACGGUAUUCAAGACAGUAGAGAUAACUGUCCAAAGCUUGCCAAUUCUGACCAACUUGAUACGGAUGGUGAUGGUCGGGGAGAUUUGUGUGAUCCUGACGCCGAUAACGAUGGAAUUAACAAUGCCGAGGAUAACUGUCCGAUCGUACACAAUCCCGAUCAAACUGAUGCAAACAAUGAUGGCGUUGGCGAUAUUUGUGAGGAAGAUUUCGAUUUGGAUUUGAUUCCAAACUAUUUGGACAACUGUCCGAACAAUUCUAAGAUUUUCUCAACGGAUUUCCGCACAUACCAAACCGUAGUGCUGGAUCCUGAGGGAGAUUCACAAAUUGAUCCCAACUGGGUUAUCUACAACAAAGGUGCCGAAAUUGUUCAAACCCAGAACAGCGAUCCGGGCCUUGCCGUUGGAUACGAUGCUUUCGGAGGAGUCGAUUUCGAAGGAACGUUUUUCGUUGAUACUGAAAUCGAUGACGAUUACGUCGGAUUUAUUUUCAGCUAUCAAGACAAUCACAAAUUCUAUGCUGUGAUGUGGAAAAAGAACAUUCAAACCUAUUGGCAGGCAACGCCGUUCAGGGCUUCUGCAGAGCCGGGCAUUCAGUUGAAGCUCAUCGACAGUAAUACUGGACCAGGACAAAUGUUGCGUAAUAGCUUGUGGCACACCGGAGACACCAAAGAUCAAGUGAAACUUUUGUGGAAAGAUCCACGAAAUGUUGGAUGGAAGGAAAGAACGGCCUACCGGUGGUUGUUGUUGCAUCGUCCGAAAAUUGGCUUGAUUCGUCUGCGAGUCUUUGAUGGAGAGAAAAUGGUGGCAGAUUCCGGAAACAUUUACGAUUCAACCUUGAAAGGCGGACGUUUGGGAGUGUUCUGUUUCUCGCAAGAAAUGAUCAUCUGGUCUGAUCUUGUUUACAGAUGCAAUGAUAAUGUUCCUGAAGCUAUCUAUAGAGAACUCCCGCCACGUUUGCAAAAAGAUGUACAAAUCGAUUACAAGACGUAACGAAUAGAUGUAAAUUAAUGUCUAGCUGCAUUUCAAAACUAUAAUGACAUAAGCUUAUUGAGCAAAUAAUAACUGUAAUUGCGAAUUUAUCUCUGUAAUAUAACAACUUUACUUAAGUGUA